AGGAUGUGACGUCGUGGUUGUGUUGCAGCCUUAUUAGCUUUGCCCACGUUGUACCACGAUGAAUAUUUGUCAAAGGUUAGCGUCGCUAAAUGGCCGAGCCUUUGGCCAAAACAUUUUUUUCUCGGUCGUCAAAUCACAGACAAUCAGACAAAAAACGUCUCUCAGUCCGAGUCAGCACACCGAUGCUGUCAAGCCGGACUCAGACACCACCUCGACCGGGAAGAAGAAGACCCGACUGAGAGCCAUUGACCUUGCCSGGAAGGUCCAGCAGGAGAAGGCGAAGACAGAGGCGGCGCAAAAACCUUCUCCAGGGUCCGGCUUGCGAGGGCCAUGUGCGGAGCUGAAACGGUUCAGUAUGCAGCUGCAGAACGUSCAUCCCAACGUGCUGGCCAAACACCUCCACAAAAGCGUGCUGUACCGGGAUAAAGAUGUGGUUAUCAUCAACAAACCGUACGGCAUCCCUGUCCAAGAGACCUCUGGAGUCACAUCCAUCACGUCUGUGCUUCCUGUUCUUGCAAAAAUGAUGGAUGGGAUGAAGAUAAAGUCUAACUUUCAACUGCACCCCUGUAUUGGUCCGGAAAAAGACUCAACUGGACCGCUCCUGCUGGCCACAAGCAAAGAAAAAGUAGAUCUUAUACUCAACCUGAGAUUAAAUAAUCAAGUGCAGCAUAAAUACUGGGUCAUCACAGUUGGUGUUCCUGUCCCGUCUGAGGGGAUAAUUGAUAUUCCCAUCAUAGAAAAAGAGGUCGCAGGCUCUAAAAAACAUUUUAAGAUGGCUUUGAGUCCGUGUUUCAAAAUGAACGACGCAGGAGACGGUUUGAGCAAAACUCGAGGCCAUCGGCAAGCACAUCCUGCAGUGAGCUGGUACAGAGUACUGGACAGCACCUAUGGCUGCAGCCUCGUCGAGCUCCAGCCUUUAACCAGAGUGAAGCAUCAGCUGAGGGUUCACAUGGCUUAUGCUGUGGUCUGCCCCAUUCUCGGUGAUCAUAAAUAUUCCCACUGGACCAAACUGGCACCACAGCAAUUACCCAAGGGAGUGCUGAAAAAGCUUGGACUGGAGCAGAGCGAGAGCCGGUKCCUUCCUCUACAUCUGCACGAGCGACAGCUAACGCUAGCAGGACUUGAGAACAUAGUCGUGUCGUGUCCCCUCCCCAAGUACUUCAUGAACACUCUGAGGAAAUUACACUUAACUUUUCCAGAUGAAUAAUCUCUGCAAUCCAGUGUCUGCAAAGUGUGGGCUUAAGUUGUGAAACAUUUGUGAAGAUUUMUUUUCAUAAAUUAAACGAAAAACUAAAUA